AUGGAAGCAGUAGCUAAAGCUAUAUUAGCAGCACGAGAAGAAAUAUUCAUAACUGAUUGGUGGCUUUCACCUGAAGUAAUGCUUAUUCGUCCUUGUGAUGAUGAUUCAAUGCGACUUGAUAGUCUACUUGGUAGACGUGCUGAAGAAGGAAUUCGUGUUUAUGUCAUGGUAUUCAAAGAUAUUGUACAAGUUGUUGGUUUAAAUAGUUGGCAUACAAAAUUAAAAUUAAUGUCUAAAAGUCCAACCAAAAAAAAUAUAAAAGUUAUUCGACAUCCUGAUCAUAGCGUCGUACCGGGUACUGAAUCAUCAUUUCUUUAUUCUCAUCAUGAGAAAACUGUAAUUAUUGACCAACGAAUUGCCUUUAUUGGAGGAAUUGAUCUUUGCUGGGGACGAUGGGAUACAGAUGAACAUAAAUUAAUCGAUUUGGGUGAUGAAAAUAUAACGGAAUUGCACAUCCCAAAUGAAAUUGAUGAUCAAGUUGAAGAAGAAACACCAAGGGAAGAAGCUGCGGUUGCUACUACAGAAAAAAUGGCAGAAAAUUCUCUCGCCAAGAACGUUACAAUAUUUUAUGUUAAUAUUACUCGUAUUUGA